CUCUCCUCUCUCUCUCUCUCUCUCUCUCAUUAUUGUGUUUAUAUACAGUUGCAUCAAAGCCACUCUCACCUUAAAGAGUACCAACCACGGCAUAACCACAACCACAAUUCAUCAAUAUCUUCAAUAAACGCACUCUCUUAUCUUAUAUAUAACCCUUCUCUGCCUCUCAUCUUCUCACAAUCCCCAACCAGAGGUAGCAAGUAGUAUCAAGCAAUCAACAAAGUCCUCCUUCUUCCUCAUCCUUAAGCCAUAGGCAGAAGAUCUUCACAACCCAUUUUUGCUUUUGCUAUUAGCUGAAAAGGGUUGGAUUUUAGAGAGGGAAACAGAAAGUUGGCGGUUUUGAGAGUAGGGGUAAAACCCAGGGUUUGACAAGUUGUAGACAUCACGGCUAUAUACGGAGUAACGCGGCCUCUAAUUCAUGUCCGGGCAGUACGACGCAGGGGUUGUGUAACCGAGAGCAAUCCUUCGCCGCACGGCGGACGUGGCGCUUUGCCGUCCGAAGGCGGUAGCCCUUCCGACCUCCUCUUUCUCGCCGGCGGUGGUUCCUCUUUUUCCUCCCAUUAGCUAGACUAUUGCAUAUAUAAGCAUAUAAACUAUCAAGAUCUGCCUGUUAUAUCUACUUCGCUCGAAGGACUUCUGUUUGUUUGUUGCGGAAAAAAUGAUGUUGAGGAUUAAGAGGGUUCCUACCGUUGUGUCCAAUUACCAAAGGAAGAGGCGGAGGAAGGUGCUCGCCAGGGAGGAGGGUGCGGUCGGAAUUGCCUCAGAAAGUGUUGCAUUCCAGGAUCAAAGCUGCCUUUGUAUGCUUUUAAGAUGGUGAAUAAGAAUGUCAAUGAAAAGACUUCGCUUGGCUAUGAGAACAAAGAGCCCUCCGUUUCCUUCUUGGACUCGCUCCUCCUCGGGGAGUGGGAGGAUCGUGUGCAGAGGGGACUCUUUCGCUAUGAUGUUACUGCCUGUGAAACCAAGGUGAUUCCGGGUGAUUAUGGCUUUAUUGCACAACUGAAUGAGGGUCGUCACCUUAAGAAGAGGCCGACUGAGUUUCGGGUUGAUAAGGUCCUGCAGUCAUUUGAUGAGAGCAAGUUUAACUUCACUAAAGUUGGGCAGGAAGAAGUGCUUUUCCAGUUUGAACCAAGCGAGGAUGAUGAGGUCCAAUUCUUCCCUAAUGCACCAAUUGAUAUCGAGAAUUCGCCAAGUGUUGUUGCCAUCAAUGUUAGCCCUAUUGAAUAUGGGCAUGUGCUAUUGAUCCCUCGGAUUCUCGAGUGCUUGCCUCAGAGGAUUGACCGUAACAGCUUGUUGCUUGCACUUUACAUGGCAGCAGAAGCAGGGAACCCAUACUUCCGAUUGGGUUACAACAGCUUGGGUGCGUUUGCUACCAUCAACCACCUUCACUUCCAGGCUUAUUACUUGGCUGUUCCCUUCCCUAUUGAGAAGGCUCCCUCUAGGAAGAUAACCACUUUGGGUGGUGGGGUCGAAGUCUCUGAGAUUCUUAAUUAUCCAGUCAGAGGUCUUGUUUUUGAGGGAGGAAAUAGUCUGGAGGAUUUGUCCAAUGCUGUCUCAGACUCUUGCAUUUGCCUUCAAGACAACAACAUUCCUUACAAUGUCCUUAUAUCUGACUCUGGGAAACGGAUCUUUGUCUUCCCACAGUGUUAUGCUGAGAAACAAGCUCUUGGAGAAGUGAGUCCUGAGCUUCUGGACACUCAAGUGAACCCUGCAGUUUGGGAAAUUAGUGGUCACAUGGUAUUGAAGAGGAAGAAAGACUAUGAGGAGGCUUCCGAAGAAAAUGCAUGGAGGCUUCUUGCGGAGGUGUCCCUCUCUGAAGACAGAUUCCAAGAAGUUAAAGCUCUUAUCUUUGAAGCAAUCAUUAGUGAUUCUGAUGAAAAUGAGUGUGUUGCUGAAAGCUUGCUUGAGGAUCCAGAUGCCGCAACUCAAUCUCUUAAAGAAGUCGAUGCCCUUUAUAAAAGCUCCCAACCUGCUAUGGUUCCUGGGAAGCAAGAAUGCCUGGUUCUGGACUGAGGAAUGGGCUUUGAAGAACUGAUCUGUGGUCUCUGUGUACUCAAUUAUUAAGUAUUUUGUUGUAGUAGCUGUGGGUUGCUGUGUGCCAUUCCCUAAAUAAAGCAAACUAGAUUUGUUAAGUUGUUGGGAAGUCGUCAGCUUUGAUGUUUUAUUUGCAUAUGCAUUGUGGAGUUCUGUAAAAUAUCUUGUAUUGCUCUGAUGAGCUAAUGAAUGAAUGUUUUAGGCUUUGAAUUCUCAUUGUGCGCUUUUGAAGAGGGUUCACUUGGCUUAUGAUUGUUGUAAGAGGAGUCUGGUUGAUGAUUUUGUGUGAUGCAUGAUUGUUGAACAAGGUUUAAUUACCGAUUUCUGGAUUCAUUGUUCGUGUAUAAUUUCGG